AUGCUUCCCGGAAAAUGGACUGCGCGGGCGUCGCUAGCUAGGCUGCGACACCGGCGGCGGCGGUGCCAAGGGCACGGGGGCAUCGUCAACGAUGGUGGAUGGCGCAGCCGGUCGGGCCGGUGCAGCAGCCGGUGGAGCCAGCAGCCGCUGUGGAGACGACGGCUGUUGCUGCUGGACGGGGUCUGGCGGCCCUGCACGCCGACCACGGGUGGAAGGGAGCGCAUCCGGGCGGCUGGAAAAAGGCGGCGGAGCUGUUUGCUGGAAAGAAGAGGUGGUCGGGAAACUGUGAUACCAGCGCCUGAGUUGGUUGCGGUGGCGGCGGACCACUUUGUCAGCGAUGCAGACAUCAAAAAGCUGAUGGCCUUGCGGCCAGACGAUCACCCCCUGAAUCCAUCCAGCUCUCAGGCCGAAACCUCGCGUCCAGAUAAGGGAUCCAGGAACAAAGGGAGCCUGUGCAGUCGGAACCUGUCGUUUGGGUCCAGGCCGGAGGAGGUGCCAAAGGGCGGAGACCAGAGGAGGCAAGGAGAAGGAGGCAAGGGAAAGGAGGCAAGGGAAAGGAGGCAAGGGAAAGGAGGCAAGGGAAAGGAGGCAAGGGAAAGGAGGCAAGGGAAAGGAGGCAAGGGAAAGGAGGCAAGGGAAAGGAGGCAAGGGAAAGGAGGCAAGGGAAAGGAGGCAAGGGAAAGGAGGCAAGGGAAAGGAGGCAAGGGAAAGGAGGCAAGGGAAAGGAGGCAAGGGAAAGGAGGCAAGGGAAAGGAGGCAAGGGAAAGGAGGCAAGGGAAAGGAGGCAAGGGAAAGGAGGCAAGGGAAAGGAGGCAAGGGAAAGGAGGCAAGGGAAAGGAGGCAAGGGAAAGGAGGCAAGGGAAAGGAGGCAAGGGAAAGGAGGCAAGGGAAAGGAGGCAAGGGAAAGGAGGCAAGGGAAAGGAGGCAAGGGAAAGGAGGCAAGGGAAAGGAGGCAAGGGAAAGGAGGCAAGGGAAAGGAGGCAAGGGAAAGGAGGCAAGGGAAAGGAGGCAAGGGAAAGGAGGCAAGGGAAAGGAGGCAAGGGAAAGGAGGCAAGGGAAAGGAGGCAAGGGAAAGGAGGCAAGGGAAAGGAGGCAAGGGAAAGGAGGCAAGGGAAAGGAGGCAAGGGAAAGGAGGCAAGGGAAAGGAGGCAAGGGAAAGGAGGCAAGGGAAAGGAGGCAAGGGAAAGGAGGCAAGGGAAAGGAGGCAAGGGAAAGGAGGCAAGGGAAAGGAGGCAAGGGAAAGGAGGCAAGGGAAAGGAGGCAAGGGAAAGGAGGCAAGGGAAAGGAGGCAAGGGAAAGGAGGCAAGGGAAAGGAGGCAAGGGAAAGGAGGCAAGGGAAAGGAGGCAAGGGAAAGGAGGCAAGGGAAAGGAGGCAAGGGAAAGGAGGCAAGGGAAAGGAGGCAAGGGAAAGGAGGCAAGGGAAAGGAGGCAAGGGAAAGGAGGCAAGGGAAAGGAGGCAAGGGAAAGGAGGCAAGGGAAAGGAGGCAAGGGAAAGGAGGCAAGGGAAAGGAGGCAAGGGAAAGGAGGCAAGGGAAAGGAGGCAAGGGAAAGGAGGCAAGGGAAAGGAGGCAAGGGAAAGGAGGCAAGGGAAAGGAGGCAAGGGAAAGGAGGCAAGGGAAAGGAGGCAAGGGAAAGGAGGCAAGGGAAAGGAGGCAAGGGAAAGGAGGCAAGGGAAAGGAGGCAAGGGAAAGGAGGCAAGGGAAAGGAGGCAAGGGAAAGGAGGCAAGGGAAAGGAGGCAAGGGAAAGGAGGCAAGGGAAAGGAGGCAAGGGAAAGGAGGCAAGGGAAAGGAGGCAAGGGAAAGGAGGCAAGGGAAAGGAGGCAAGGGAAAGGAGGCAAGGGAAAGGAGGCAAGGGAAAGAAGGCAAGGGAAAGAAGGCAAGGGAAAGAAGGCAAGGGAAAGAAGGCAAGGGAAAGAAGGCAAGGGAAAGAAGGCAAGGGAAAGAAGGCAAGGGAAAGAAGGCAAGGGAAAGAAGGCAAGGGAAAGAAGGCAAGGGAAAGAAGGCAAGGGAAAGAAGGCAAGGGAAAGAAGGCAAGGGAAAGAAGGCAAGGGAAAGAAGGCAAGGGAAAGAAGGCAAGGGAAAGAAGGCAAGGGAAAGAAGGCAAGGGAAAGAAGGCAAGGGAAAGAAGGCAAGGGAAAGAAGGCAAGGGAAAGAAGGCAAGGGAAAGAAGGCAAGGGAAAGAAGGCAAGGGAAAGAAGGCAAGGGAAAGAAGGCAAGGGAAAGAAGGCAAGGGAAAGAAGGCAAGGGAAAGAAGGCAAGGGAAAGAAGGCAAGGGAAAGAAGGCAAGGGAAAGAAGGCAAGGGAAAGAAGGCAAGGGAAAGAAGGCAAGGGAAAGAGUAA